UUAUGCACUUAAACACGAUUAUUUAAAAUAUAAAAUGUCAUUUUCUAAUGUAAAGAAAUUAUCGCAAUUAUAUCAACCAGUAACCUCAACAAUUUAUACUGCUAAAAAAUCGAAGGUCCCUUCAAAAAGCUAUGAAAAUUUAAUUAAAUAUGGAUUAAUUCAACAAAUUGCUAAUGGCAUGUAUGCAAUGCUACCUUUGGGUUUACGUGUCUUAAAUAAACUAACAGCUAUUGUUGACACAGAAAUGGAAAGAAUUGGAGCCCAAAAGUUAUUACUUCCAGCAUUAGUACCUAUACAUUUAUGGGAAGAAACAAAUAGGCUUAAUAAUAUAACUGAAUUGUUUAAAAUAAAAGAUCGGUCUCAAAAAGACUAUAUACUUGGUCCAACAUAUGAAGAAACAAUUUGUUUCAUGUUAUCAGAAGCUGCAAAAACAAUAUCAAUAAAUGUAUUACCUUUAAAAUUAUAUCAAAUUUCUAAUAAAUGGAGGGACGAAAUAAAACCAAGACAUGGAUUCUUAAAAAGUAGAGAAUUUAUUAUGAAAGAUUUAUAUACAUUUGAUAUAAAUCUUAUUAGUGCUCAAGACACAUAUGCAUCAGUAUGUGAAGCAUAUACAAAAAUAUUUAAUAAAAUAGGAAUAAAAUCUAUAAAAGCUAUUGGUAACCCAGGAUUAAUUGGUGGAUCUGUAACUCAUGAAUACCAUUACGCGUGUAAUAUUGGUGAAGACAUUGUUUGUGUGUGUUCAUCUUGUCAACAUGCUAUUAAUAAAAGUAUGUGUAAAGAAACACAUUGCCCUUACUGUAAAAAUGCAUUUCAUGAAGAACAGACUAUAGAGGUGGGGCAUGCAUUUUUAUUAGAUACAAAGUACACAAUACCUUUAAAUGUAACAAAACAAAUAAAUAAUAUAUCAACACCUUUAGCAAUGGGCUGUUUUGGACUUGGUUUGACUCGUAUUUUUACAGCCAUAUCCGAAAUAUUAUCUACCGAUAAAGAAUUAAGAUGGCCAAAAAAUUUAGCACCAUAUACUGUAUGCGUUAUACCACCAAAGAAUAAUAGUAAAGAAGAAAGCAAAUCUCAAUACAUAAACCAAAUAAUAGAGAUUUUAAAUCAAUUAAAUAUUGACACUAUACUCGAUGAUAGAACAAAUUUAACUAUUGGAAAUCGUUUUCUACAGGCUCGUAUGAUUGGAUUUCCUUAUGUUAUUAUAAUUGGUAAAUCCAUAAUGAAAUCCCCACCUCUGUUAGAAGUACACAAUAUAAACAAUUUAACGAAUUGUGAAAUAUCUGUAGACAAUGUACCUACUUAUUUUAAUAAUGAAAAUAUAAAACUUUAA